CCAACCCCCUCCCCUACCCUACCCCGCCUACCGCCACUACCGCUACCACUUGACGACAGUAUGGCCAUGGCAACUGUGACUGCCGAGGACGUGGCCUUUCUGGGCAACACUUUCAUGGAGGGCAUCGGCUUUGCUAUUGUCCUCUUUGGCCUCUCUGUCUCUCCCCUCACCAACGCCGUGAGCAAGUCACUCCUCCCGACUCGCCUCUUCGGUGCAGCAGCAGGCGCCAUUGCCCUGCUCUCCUACCUCGCCUGGGCCUCGACGUCAACCGAGGCCAAGACCAUGGCCGCCAUCGUCUGCACCUUCUACCACAUCCAGGCCACCCUCAUCGCCCUCAACGAGAGCACGGCAGCAACUCGUCCCGCAGUCAUCGUCCACGCCGCUCUCGCAUCCGCCUUUGUCUAUGCCUUCAAGGACGCGUGGUUUGCUCAGGCCUGAGCACCAUCCUCCCCCUCCCCCUUCCCCCC